CUUUUCCACUUUUUCUUAUUAAUAUAAAAAGCAAGUCAAUCACGAUGCUUCUGAGUAUUGCGUGUCUCCAAGUCAUGAUGCGACUUCGACCAAAAAAAGAAAGAAAAAGUCAUGAUGCUGCGGAAAUUACGCGUGCAAUGAUUAUUCUUUCCGUGGCAUGCCUCACGGCGGUUCGAUUAGCAUGGAGAGUUUUGGACCGUUGGAUGGCAAGAACUCGAGCAUUGUUCGAGCACGCAUAUUAAAGAAUUUCGCGUGUUGGUAAUCCUACUUCAGAGGCUGAAAAUCGGUGGAGAUGCCAGGGUUGUGUUGUUUGAGCACUCCUCAGGCAGUCAACCGACUCCUUGCUAUUUUCUGUUUCCUACUUUGAUUGCUCCAUUUUCUUCUGAAUCUGGACCGUGAAGGCUGGCUUUCUUUUAAGGCUCUGCUUGAUCAAUCUCUUAUUUUAAAACAGAAUAAGAAUCUCGUUGGUUAAUCACUCCAUGAUGUCCAUCCAAUCAAGAAAAAGAGAAGAACCCACUCACUCAGAAGAUCCGAAUUCCAGGGCGUCUUCCUCAUCGAAUGCUCCACACGGAGGAGAUCAUGAAGGGGAAGACAAAUGGCCCAAAGGGAAUGCCUACGAAGUGUUCUUGAACUUUAGAGGGAUAGAUACACGCAAAAAUUUCACUGACUAUCUCUAUACUAGUCUUACCGAUGCAGGAAUUCAUGUGUUCAGAGACGACAAUGAGCUCUGUGUUGGUGAGGAGAUUGGUCCGGAGCUUCUCUGCAACAUUACGCAGUCCACGAUCUCUAUCCCAAUUAUUUCCAAGAACUAUGUUUCCAGCAAAUGGUGCCUUCAUGAGUUGGUUCAGAUGUUAAAGUGCAAGAGGAGUAAAGGGCAAAUAGUAUUGCCCAUAUUUUACAAAGUGGAACCCUCACAAGUGCGACAUCCUAUAGGGAGAUGGAGAGAAGCUAUCGAUGCACAUAAAAAGAAUAUGGAGGAAAUGGUUGUGAAGGAAUGGGAAGAAGCACUCAAAGAAGUUAGCUUCUUGAAAGGAUGGGAAUCGGAGAAAAUUGAUAAUGGGCAUGAAGGAACAUUGGUUAAGAUUAUUGUGAAAAAGGUUAUGGGCGAGUUAAAAAGACUUUUUCAGCUAAAUCUUCCUAAACAGUUAGUGGGAAUCGAGGAUCAUGUGCAACUUAUGAGCAACAUGGAUGCUGAAUUCAAUGGUACAAAGAUUAUUGGAAUUUAUGGAAUGGGCGGCAUCGGUAAGACAACUCUUGCAAAGGUGUUAUACAACAAACUCUCUAGUCAUUUUGACUAUUGUAGCUUCUUGGCAAAUAUCCGAGAAACAUCCGAGCGUAAUGGUAUUGAAUGUGUACAAAAGCAACUCAUUCAUGACAUAACAAGAAGUUCAUAUGAUGUGUCUAAUGUCGAUGAAGGAGUCAGUUUCAUUAAAUCUCGAUUUAUGGGGAAGAAAGUCCUAGUUCUUCUAGAUGAUAUUGAUGAUAACACUCAACUGAAUGCUUUGGUCGGGGACGGUAGUUGGGUUGAAGCGGGAAGUAUAGUCAUCAUCACAACUAGAAACAAAAGCAUUCUCGAUGAAGCUAACGUGGGCUACAUGUACCAACUCAACGAGUUAUCUUUAGAUCAAUCAUUGAUUUUAUUUAGUAGACAUGCCUUUCGAAAGGAUUCUCCUCCGAGUGAUUAUGAGGUUAUCUCUAGUGAUGUCGUAUCUACUACUGGGGGGCUCCCGUUAGCUCUUGAAGUUAUAGGUUCGUUCUUAUGGAGAAAGAAAAAAGACUUAUGGAAAGGUACAUUAAAAAAAUUAAAGAAAGUGCCCCAUGAGAAAGUGCAAGAGAAGUUGAAAAUAAGUUAUGACGCAUUAGAUUAUAGGGAACAACAAAUAUUUUUGGAUAUAGCAUGCCUUUUCACCAGAACACUUAAACAAAAUCCAACUUAUAUGUGGGAUGCUUGUGAUUUUUUCCCUGGGAUGGGGAUUGAAGUAUUAAGUCUUAGAUCCCUAAUUGAAACUGAAGGAAAUGGAGUGUUUUUAUUGAUGCAUGAUCAAUUGAGAGAUCUUGGAAGGGAAAUUGUUUAUCUAGAAAAUCCAAGGGAGCCUCAAAAGCGUAGCAGAUUGUGGAUUGGUCAGGAAGCCCUAGAUGUGCUUGACCAUUGCAAGUUGCAGGGCACCAAAAAGAUUGAAGCCCUUUCUCUUGGCACAUGUGGUGUGGGAAGAAGAUACACAGCCGAACAAUUUAAAGAAUUGACCAACUUGAGGUUCCUCCAAGUAGAUGGUGUGGAUUUCAUCGGAGAUUUCCAAAGCUUACUUCCUAAAUUAAGAUGGCUUCAGUGGAAUAAGUGUCCCUCGAAUUUCACUGCGGCCAACUUUCAUUUGAAGAAAUUAGUUGUACUCGAUUUGUCAUACAGUGCAAUUUCAGAGGACUGGGGAGGAUGGGUUCCACUCAAGAUGGCGACUGAGCUCAAAGUUCUCAACCUCAAUAAUUGUCAAUCUUUGAAAAGAACUCCCGACUUGUCCACUUUCAGAAGGUUGGAGAUUUUGACUCUUAUAAAUUGUAAGAAUUUGGAAGAGCUUCAUCUUUCUAUUGGAAAUUUGGCAUCAUUGAUUGAGCUGGACGUAGGAUACUCAUCGAUUACCAAAUUACCCGAAAGUAUUGAGAAUAUGCAAAAUUUGAGGAUCUUAAAUAUUUAUUGUACUAACAUAACAGAAUUGCCCGAUGCCAUUGGGAUGUUGGCAGAACUCCAAAAGUUAGUGGUUUGGAAAUGCAAAAACCUGGAGCGAUUACCUAGUAAUAUAUGCAAACUGAUUUCGCUAAAGAAGCUUAACGUUGGUGUAUGUGAAAAGCUUCGGGAAUUACCAGAACUGCCCUCCGGCUUAACAGAUCUAGAGAUCGGCUGCCAGGGGCAGUCUUUGCCCCAUCUUUCCCAGCUAACCCGUCUCAAGAAACUCUAUCUUCGCUGUUGCCAUCGGCUUGAAUUUGUCCCAGAGCUUCCCAUUGGACUAUCAGAGCUUAGUGUUUUCAGAUGCGAAAUAUUGAAAGCCUUGACUAAUUUGUCAGACUUGAAACACUUGCGAUCUUUCUAUAUAAAAGAUUGCCCAUCUCUGGAAGGAUCGCCCGACGUGUCGAAUUUUAGGCGUACGCAGAUGAGAGAACUUGGCUGGAAAGGUAUGCAGUUAUAUCCGGGGGACUUACUAUUCUACCGUGAGUAGACCUGAAGAGCUACAGGGGGCAGAAGAGAAGGAUGGUGGGACGUCCAUGGAAUCUCUCUCUCUCUCUAAGUCGCUACCAAUCAGUCGCCGUGCUAGUUUCCCAGGCCCGAAGAUUGAAGCCACUGUUUGCACCGCCCAUCCACCGCAGGCACGCGGGCAGGUCGAUUGGCGCGGCGGAGAUGACGACGGCGACGGCGACGCGACGGCGACGACACAACGCCACAGCUGGCAAUGCCCUCUCCAUCCGCUCCAGAUAGUUGGGAUGGUGGUGUUCAGUUUCCUAGUGGUGGCCUUCUACGUCUUCUUGGGAUUGUUGCAUGGGAGCGGGGCUGCUGAAAUCACCCUGACGACAAUAUUCUCUUGUGCGGUGUUCUUGGCGAUGUUUCUGUUCAUCUGGUGUACCGUGAUAGAUCCGACGUAAAAGACCAGUUAUAGAAAGAAGAAGAGAGGCUCCGAAGCGAUGGCGCUCACAGACUUUUGUGCCAAUUCCUCAAGCUUGCCCUUCCAAUUUCGAUGCUUGAUUUGCCUACCUAGGCUGCAACAGCAAUGGUGCAGCAAGCUAUGCGAUAUGUUGACCAGACACUUGAUCUUGAGACCAAGAUAGAGCUUAUUAAGACACUUAACUCCGUUGUUGCUGGGAAGAUGAAUGUGAAAUCAAACUUUGGUGCAGCUUAUGUUCAUCAGCAAUCUGCUUCUAUUUCGUGAUUUCUGUAGCUAGUUUCAUAAUGCAGUUAUAUUUUGAAAUUGAGAGAGCAUGAUUGUUCAAGAAACUUGCAAA